GAAAGAAUGAUGUUAUUCAUGGUUCUUCAAGGUGUAUUAAUGUUUGUCUGCCAGAGUGUAGUGGACAGCAGAGGGCCACACCAUCCUCAUGGUUCGCCUCACUACAGGCCAACCCCUGGUUCACCAAAAAUCACUAUGGAUGCCGAUUUACUUCAUGACACUGGACAUAUACAGGAAGAUCUUGGUAAAUCAGCCAACAUUGAAGAUUUGAACAAAUUAUCACCGGAAGAACUUGAAUUUCAAUAUUUUAAAAUACAUGACUAUGACAACAAUACUAAACUUGAUGGUCUGGAGAUUUUACAGGCAAUCAGGCACACUAUUGAGCACAGUAAUACUGGUGAACUGUCUAAAGGAACUCACGACAAUAUUGGCAAUAAAUCCCUUACGAUUCCUGAAGACUUCAAUUAUUUUGUUGAUCUGAUUGAUCAAGUUCUGGAAGAAGAUGAUCAUGAUAGAGAUGGUUAUUUAAGUUACACAGAGUACGUUAUUGGAAGACAACGAGGAUAGUCCAUUUAAUUAAAUGCAAUGGAAGUUAAUAUUCUAAUCCUGAAUAAAUAAUAAAAUUUGCUAGUGAGAUGAUAUCUGUCUGAAUCUAAUACUAUAAUCCUACAUUAUUUCCUCAAUGUACCUUUCAUCCUCUACUUCAUAAUUCUCUGGUUCAACUACUGCACAGUUCUAUUCGUAAGUACUCAAUUCCAAGGAGAUU